CAAAGUUUAAUUGAAUUAUUCGAUUAUUUUAUCUAAAAGGUGGAUUGCAUAAUAAUAAACGGUAAACUAAAUAGAGUAGUCACUGGAGUCCAGAAGAGAGAAGAGUGAGACUCAGGCUGUAGCAGAGGCUGAUUGAAGAGCCAACCUUGCCGGUAAAAUAAUCUCAUCACAUCUCAUGAGAUUUUUAAAAAUAAACCAGUGUGUUAUUGCAUUCAUCCCAGACUAUUAACAAAUCAAACAAAUAGUUGAAUUAGAAAAUUUAUAGUUUAAAAAAUAAAUAACGGCAGAAAAGAGAGGAUAAAAAACUCCAGUAUCUGUAAUUUUAUUAAAAGAGUAAGAAAAAAAAAAAUAAUUUCGUUAAGGGUUAGGGCAAAUUGUUCGAGAAAUAGUCGUAUCAGCACGUGCAACCUAAAGUCCGUGUACACAACAAAAAUAUAAUAUGGAUUCGCCUGUCAUCGUGGACACUGCAUCCAAAUUUGGCCGAGAUCUGGACCCUGGUUUUCCGUUCGACGACGACAGUUUCAGUAGACGGGAUAUAAGAUCCCACUUGGACGAUUUGGCGGCCCGUCAUCCAGAAUUUGCAGAGCAUCUGCUGGGACCACCUUGGGGCGACAUACCCUUUCACGGGACACUCCGUAACCGAAGACGCGGCUCGGGAAGUCAUUCCCAACAGGGUCAUCCAGACGAGGACGCCCGUAGUCAAGCAAGUGGAUCCAGUGCUGCGAGUGCAGCCAGCGGUGCCAGUGGUGUCAGUUCUCACGGCGAACCAGAUUUAAUUUAUCAGCACCAGCCACAACACCAGGAAGUCACUGGAAAUAACAAAAUCCCCCAGUACGGUUUGCGCAACACCGUAGACAUUGGUCAGCAUCGUCACAAUAUGGAGAAUCUCGAGAAGGCCGACCGAGGACAAAGAUCCAUGUCUGCGCCUCCGGAAAAUCGACCGGACCAGUUUCAGCAACCAAACCAAAACAAUUCUAAACAGAAUCAAAAUCCUCGGUUCGUUUCCAGGGUAGACAUUACUCCACAGUACACUAAUCAAAACCAGAAUCCGAAUGCAGUACCAAAUUCCCAGCAACAGUCACCUCAAAGUCAGUCUCCACCUCAGCAGCAGCAGCAGCCGCAGCAGCAGCAGCAGCAGCACCAACACCAACCACAAAGCAAUGUCAGGCAUAUUCCAAUUUUCGUAGAAGGUCGCGAUGAGCCAGUAAUUUCAAAAGGCAAGGCGCCACCGUACGUCAGACAACAAUCGCCGUCAAGGUUCUAUCAGCCGGCAUUUGAUUCGUCACACCCAGAAUUCAAUUCAUCAAAUUAUCAAAGGCCAUCUAGCCAAUUUAAUCAACACUUUGGUGGAAGGAACAGAGACUGGCCUCCACAAUUUCAAGAACACUUUCAAGAUCCCUUCCAAGACACAUUCGAUCACCCGACAAUAAGAAAGACCACCCAUCACAAUCAAUCUCAUUCCCCAUUAAAACACGACGACAGAAGACGGGAUCAAAGCCCUGUUCAUAUGAAACAUCACCAACAGACAAACCAACAACAACCUCAACCUCAACAAGAACAACCAAAGCGUCAGGAAUCUCCAAAACCUCGUAAACAAGUGGUACCAACAGAUCCCCUUGAAAAAGUCGCUUUGGUUCAAAAUGAAGUUGACUCGUUAACGGAACAGGUUAAACAGUGGAACGGUACUUCCAGAAAAGACAAACAGUAUAUUUAUCUCGAUGAAAUGUUGACGAGGGAGCUCAUUAAAUUGGAUGACAUCGAGACUGAGGGCAAGGAAAAUGUCAGACAGGCGAGAAAGAACGCGAUUAAGAGUAUCCAAGACUCGAUAAGUUUAUUGGAGUCGAAGGCGCCUCUUCCGACAACCGAAAUCAAACAACAGGAGGAACAGAGCCCACCAGAGUCUGCAGAGUCUGCAGAGUCUGCAGAGUCGGUCGAGCCGAUGGAGAGCGAGACUCCAGUUAAGGUGGAACAGCAAGAGGCCAUUCCUCUGCCAUCACCCACCAAAAUGGAGCCUGUUGUUGGUGAUUCUCAACCAAAGGAUGCCGAUAAAUCUGAGGCUGAUGCAUUAACAACUGGUGAGACUGCUCCUGGUGUUCCUAUGGAAACAGCUCCUGAAGAAAAAAAAUCUGGUGAUGAUAGCGUAAUGGAGGUCCAGCCAGUAGAGACUCAGACUACACAAAAUGCUACGGAAUUAAAAAAAGAGAACGAGGCUAAUACUAAAAAAGAGGCCAAUGAAACAAUCCCAGCAAAGUCACCAAAAAAAUUAAAAAAAGCUAAAAAACAAACGCCCGUUUCGAUGGAACCGAUCCCACUACCAGCUUCCGAAGAGCAAAGUCGACUUGCUCAGUAAUAUAAUAAUUUUUUUUAAUUAUUACUAUUAUUAUUAUUUUAUUUAUAUUUGUCGUAAAAAUAAAUUUUAAGUAAUGUAAACAAAAUCAAAAAUUAUAAUAAAAAUGAUUUAAUUUUAUUUGACUCGCUGGAGUUAUUUGAUAAAUUAAAAGGAUUAAUUACAGUAAUUCACAGACUUGUUUAAUAGAUAAAAUAAUCAGCAGAAGACUGAUUUUAUUUCUCUUUACUUCAGCGUAACUUGUGAUGAUUAUCUUUAUCUUUUAAUUGCAAUUAAUUAUUUUUCAUAAAUUGUCUUUGUGCUCUUAUAUUAAAAUAAUAGUAGUGAAUAUAAUAAAAAAAUACAACGUUAAAUUUUAAAGUUGUAAUUAGAUUUAAAUUUUUAAUAUUAAUUAUUUAUAUUUAUAAAUAAAUAAAAAUAAAAAAAGCCAUCUGUUAAAAGUUUUAAUAGAAUAAUUAAAAGAAAAAGCCAUUAAAUUUUUGUUAACGUUAAUUUAAUUUAAUUUAUUAUACGUUUAUCAAUAUGUAUUGCGUUAAUUAUUCAAAAUAAAUAAAAAAUAAGAACGAUAAUAAA